GACUAGCGAGCGAUGAUCGGAUGGAGCUGCGGCCAAGGACGGGGCCCGGGGCCUGCGAGAUGGCGCGCGAGACUUCAAACAUACAGACAGGCAUCCAAAGAAUACAGCGCUCGUCCAAAACGGGCGCAGAACAGGCGGCCGGCUGCCAGGGCAGGCUGGAAGGCUGAAGGCUGAUGGCAGAGAGAGAGACGUCCUCUCCCCCUCUCCACUCGAACGUUUGGCGAGCGAGGCCAGAAGCCGCUAAGAAAAAUAGGUCGUAUCACAUCCUUCCAUGCGUCUCUAAUCUCGCGUGGGAGCUGCAUGGUUGACCCCCGCCGGCCUGCAGCGACCAGCAGCCUUACACACCGCAUCUCCUGGUUUGCCAAACAUGACCGUUGUGCUUACCGCAUCGAGCUCGCGACUCUGAUUCGGCCCAAUUCUCAGCUGGAGCCUUGCUGGACGAGGAACCAUGCGACGGAAGUACUCCCGAAACCACUUUGUCGAAUGGCAUCGCAUCACCUCACCAUCAUCACCAUCAUCAUCGUGGUGACUGGUGACUCCGCUGGCUGUGCUGGCUGUGCUGGCCCAGUACACGGUACCUCAACUCAGCAGUACAUGACAUAGUUAGUGCCUGCCCUGAAGGAUUGCACCCCCAUGCCCCCCGUGUCCAGAAACGUGAUCCUUUGGCACGCAGUACCAAGUCAGCUGACGAUGGAUUUGGCAGAGGGGGAGGGGCCCCCCUGGCCGUGGGAGCAGCAGAACGCGCCCUGGGAGCAACCACUGGAGAUUAUCAUCUUUUUUAUUAUCAUCGUCGUCACCAUCCUCCACCAACAACGUCGCGCCUGGAGGCUUGGCCGCAACACCCAUGACAUUGUUGGCCGCUAUUCUUGUCUACCCUACCAACUCACCCCAUCUUGGAGAGUCGUGCGCAGACUUGUGGGGUGACAGUCUGGGAAGCGAGCCAUGGACACAGCGUGCAACUGCAUGGAUCAAUUGAUGCCAACAACCCUCCACAGAUGGAUACGAUCCUGAGAUACGUACGUCCAUACGUAUGUAUCUAUGUACGCAGACACGAAACAGCUUCCAAGCCUGGCAUGCCGCUGCGUAUUACUGUGCCCGCCCGGCGAAAAUCACCCGGUCGCGCGCCGUCAAGUGACACACGGUGGGUUGGCCCGCCGGCUGGCCAUUGGCUAUGCAUGCGCUUUUUAUUGUUUAUUUAUUCCAUCGUACGUGUUCCCCAUUCGAUAGAUGGCCAUCUCGUCCAACAAAGAAAAGUAAGCAAACACCAGGAAGACGGUACACCGCCACUC